AUGCGCAAGGCAAACAUUGUCGCAUUACAAGAGACGAAACUGAAAGACAGCCAUCACCUGUCCACUUUCACCUACCACAUUCAACACGCUCUCGGGCACGGGAAAUGCUUCAUUGCCGUGAAUGACCCCCGUGCCAACCCCGAUUAUGUCCCCGCGCUAAAUGAGGACAUAGCGCAUCGUAGCGGUGGCGUCGCCCUGGUCUUUGACGACACAGUCCCCCGGCAUAUGACCGAGCUCGACGUCGCCUACAAAUACAUGGUGGUCAAUACCCAUUGGCAGGAGACCCCUGUAUACUUCCACUGCGUAUAUGCACCUGUUCAACCAACAGAACGGGUCGCAUUUUACGACAGUCUACCACGCGACUUUCCAGAGGACAGCAUACACGUAGUGAUGGGAGAUCUCAACCUACCAUUUGACCUGUAUCUUGACGCGGACAAACCACACCACGUACAUACCGUGGGCCGAAUCAACUGUUUGGAGUGGCUUGCAGCCCUACGUGUGACCGACGCUUGGCGCAUGCAUCACGAUGAGGAUCAGACUGCUACGUCUCAAGCGACUACAAACGGCCGGACGCACACGUAG